AUGAACAUGUGGAGGAGAUUAACGCCAUUACUCUUGUCUUCUUUUUGUAUAACUCUCUUCUUCGUUGGUCUCUUCGUUUACCCUCAAAAUCCUUUUAAAUCCAUCUCCGAUCGAAAUUUUCUCUCCCUCCAACCUCUAAUCGGUAAGGGACAUUGGGUUCCAGACAAAAGAGGAUCUUUAUACACGAACUCGAGUUGUUCUACGAUUCCUGACUCGAAGAAUUGCAUAAAACAUGGGAGACCAGACAGGGAUUUCUUGUCUUGGAGAUGGAAACCCGACGGCUGCGAUCUACCGAGGUUUAAUCCCAAGGUGUUUCUCGGUAUGGUUCGAGGCAAGAAGAUGAGUUUUAUUGGUGAUUCUGUAGCAAGGAACCACAUGGAAUCUCUUCUCUGUUUGUUGUCAAUGGAAGAAACUCCUAAAGACAUCUAUAAAGACGGAGAAGACAGAAACAGGAUUUGGUACUUUCCGAAUCAUGAUUUCACUCUGUCGACCUCGUGGACUAAGUUUCUUGUGGCGGAACAAGAGAGGAGGGACGAUAACAAUACGGGAACUGGAUUGUUUGAUAUAGAUAUUGGUAAGAUUGAUGAAGGUUGGUAUAAGGAUCUGCCGAGUACAGACAUUGCUAUUGUCUCGGCUGCUCACUGGUUCUUCAGACCGAUAUUUAUAAACAGAGGAGAUGAAUCGCUUGGUUGCAUCUACUGUAACUUACCAAACAUGACUCAGAUUAGCCCGGACGAAGGGUUUAAGCUUGUUUACUCAGCGGUAUUUAAGCACAUCGACGAUUGUGAGAAAUGUAAGGGAGAUUUAGUGACAGUCCUGAGGACUUUUUCACCUGCCCAUUUCGAGGAUGGGACUUGGGAUACUGGAGGAGCCUGUAGCAGGACAAGUCCUUUUGGAGAAAACCAAAUAGACCUGGAAAGCAAUGAGAUGAAGAUCAGGACAUCUCAGAUUGAACAGCUUGAAGUUAUAACAAAACGGCGAGACAACAAAGCAAAGAAGUUUGCGGUUUUGGAUGUGACUAAGGUUAUGCUGAUGAGACCCGAUGGGCAUCCGAAUGGUUACUGGGGAAACAAAUGGAUGAAAGGUUACAAUGAUUGCGUCCACUGGUGUCUGCCUGGGCCAAUCGAUGCAUGGAGCGAGUUUCUAAUGGCGAUAAUUAGACAGUUCAGAUGA